AUGGCCGGAAUUGUGGUGGUUUUCGACUUUGACAAGACGAUCAUCGACUUGGACAGUGAUAAUUGGGUCGUGGACGAGUUGGGUGCCACUCAAUUGUUCGAUCAACUUCUUCCUUCCAUGCCUUGGAAUUCUCUCAUGGAUAGGAUGAUGAAGGAGCUUCAUUCCCAAGGCAAAACUAUUGGGGACAUUGAAGAGGUACUCAAUAGGGUUCCUUUACAUCCCCGGAUUGUCCCUGCCAUCAAAUCUGCCCAUGCUUUAGGAUGUGAUCUGAGGGUAGUUAGCGAUGCUAAUCUGUUCUUCAUCGAGACAAUUUUGAACCAUCUUGGGAUAAGGGAUUGUUUCACCGAAAUCAACACGAACCCGGGUUAUGUUGAUGAGGAAGGGAGGCUAAGGAUCGUACCUUACCAUGAUUUUCAUUCUUCUCCUCAUGGCUGCAAUCUUUGCCCACCAAACAUGUGCAAGGGUCUGAUAAUAGAAAGGAUCCAAGCUUCCAUGAAUAAAGAGGGAAAGAAAAAGAUCAUCUACCUAGGAGAUGGAAGUGGUGAUUUUUGCCCAAGCUUGAAGCUGAAGGAGGGUGAUUAUAUGAUGCCAAGGAAGGAUUUCCCAGUAUGGGACUUGAUAUGCAAAAAUCGCAUGCUUUUGAGGGCAGAAAUCCAUGAAUGGACCGAUGGAGAAGAGCUUGAACGCGUGUUGCUCCAACUUAUUAACGACAUUUCUAUCGAAGAGAAGCACACCACUAACUCUACCCAGUUAUUAUCGGGUGACUGCAAAUUUCAGACAAUUCCGAUAUCUACUCAUGAAGCCUUGCCUCUUGCCCUCCCUGUUCGUUACUAGUUGCCAACAAUUUAACUAGCUUUGGCCAAAGCCAAAGCUAUUUGCAGAUUUUUUGUCUUGCUUUCCGCUUUGAUUGUGGAUUUUCUAAGCUUAAAUAGUUGCGUUGACCUGAAACUGUUCGAGGAAAAUUAUGGCAACCACUAAUUUGCUACUACUUUUUGUAAAGUUAUGUUUGGUGUACGCGAUAAUUCCUGUAAUAGUUUGAGACAGCGAUCUUUAAGUUGGUGAACCUGAAACAACAGGGUCAAAAAAAAAAGUUAGGUGAGCACCCGGUUUAUCUCCUCUGAAGCUAAAGUUAGUCUAAGGUCGAA